CGCGCUCCCGCGCCCCAGCACCAUCAGCAGCAGCAGCAGCUCAGCUCUCUCAGGGAAAGCGGCGACCGGCCAGGGAUCUUCUUCUUCUUCUGCUGCUGCUGCCUCUGUGACAGGCUCUUUAUUGGGGACAUCUGCGGGGAGACUCAGCCAGCUGGUGCAUGCUACUCCAGCAGCAACAAGGCGGACACUUCUCUUUACUAAUAUGGAGGAAUUCCUGCAACGCGCCAAAUCCAGGCUGGACCGUGGUAAACAUUUGGAGAAGGUUCAUACUGUCAUUGGAGAUAAGUGCUGUGAUUUGGAUUCCAUCAUUUCCACAUUAACUUAUGCUUAUUAUUUAGGCAAGAUUACGCCGCCAAAUGUCCUUUGUCUGCCUGUUCUAAAUGUUACAAGAGUUGAAUUUGACUUCUACAGUGAGACACGGUUUAUAUUGGAGGAGCUGGAUAUCUCUGAAUCAUAUCUCAUCUUCAGAGAUGAAAUCGAUCUUCAGAAUCUGAAUGAUGAAGACAGGUUAUCAGUGACACUUGUUAACUUCAGUGCUCUCACAAGUGAGGAUGAAAGUUUGGCAGCGUCCGUUAUUAAAAUCAUAAACCCGGAGAAAAGAUUAGAUUGUGAUCAAGAGUUCUGCAACUCGUCUUCUGCCUUAGUUGCAAAAGAGAUUCUGGAGGAGUCACCGGAGCUACUUACUCGGCAGCUUGCUCAUCUUCUCAGAGGAAGCAUUCUGUUUUGCUGCUUAUCUGCUGAACAUGAACUGUUACCUGCACAACAAGAGGAAAUUGUGCAUAUGCUGGAGAAGAGGUUUCCUGAGCUACCACCACGACAGGACAUUAUAAGUAGCCUACAGGAGACUAAAUAUCAUACACAAGGUACCAGUGUUGAAGAUAUCAUACUCAAGGAAUUCAAAGAAUUGUCAGAUGGGGACAUUAAAGUUGCAAUUACCACUAUGAACAUGUCAUUAGAGGACUUAAUGAGCUACAGGAACAUCAUUGGUGAUCUGAAAAUAUUUCUUGAUAAAUAUGAGAUUGACAUCCUUAUUCUUUUGGCCAGUUAUACAUCGGGGGAACAGAUAACAAGGCAACAAAUUGCUGUCUAUUCAGAGAACCCUGAAUUGUGUAACCAAGUGUGCUGUGAAUUGGAAGAAUGUCAAAAUCCUUUCCUUGAUCUCGAGCCAACAGAUUAUGGGUAUGAACAGUUUUUUGUUUAUCAACAAGAAAGUCCAUUAGUAACCUGCGAUCAAGUUGCAUCAAUCAUCAAAGAAGCCAUCAACAGAAGACGUAUUGGCAUGGUCCCCAAUAGCCGAACGUCCUCUACAGAAGCUGUUGCUGGUAGUGCUCCUCUCUCACAAGGAUCAUCUGGCAUUAUGGAGUUGUAUGGUUCUGAUGUAGAUCCUCAACCAAAUCCGGUGAACUUCCCAGAUAAUCAACAGGAUAUUAAUGGAUCAGCACAAGCACAGGUGGAUGUUAAUGUAGAUCUUGUAAGCCCAGACAGUGGCCUGGCUACUAUCAGAAGCAGCCGGUCUUCAAAGGAAAGUUCUGUUUUUCUCAGUGAUGAUAGCCCAGUAGCAGAAGUUGCUGGUGUUCAUCACAGUUUUGUUCCUGGUAUUGAUUCUUAUAGUCCCAUCCCAGAAUGUGUUAUCAUCGAGGAAGAAACACCAUCAUCCAGGAACAACAGUGACAACCUUGAUCUCUUCAACUUUGAUCUAGCACCUAACAUUCGCUCUGAAUCUUCUUCACAUUCUGCUGACUACUCUAUGGCUGAUGAUUUUUUCUUUCAGAGCGAUUCUUCAGAAGGACAGCAACCCCUUGUUUUAAAAGAACAUAACAAACCACAUUUCUACAGAGAUGAUAUUGCUAAUUGUUCUACUGCAUUAUUAAAGACAAAAGUUGAAAACUCUAUAUUAGUGGAAGUGGAAAAGAUCAGUCUGGUAGAAUUUGAUGACAAUUUCAUGCAUAGUCCUGAGAAUCAUGAGGAGUUAUGUAAUAAACAUCCCAGCGUUAGUGAUUUAGUGGAGUAUGAUUCUCCAUUAUCUUCUGAGGUUCCUGGUCAUACAGACAUUAAAAUUCCACCUACGCCUAUGAACAGUCUAGUUGAAAGUUCUCCUCUAGAUAAUGGACCACCAACUUUUUUCCCAGAAGAUGUGAUAGAGAAAAUAAAUGAAAUAGGAGCUACUGACACAUCUCAGGUUAAAUAUGCAUAUUGGUGGAAUGGAGCUGAACCAACUUUAACACAGGAGGCCUUGUUGAAUACUGACUUAUGGAGUUCAAAUGAACAGGAGCCUGUGUUUCAUAGCCCUGAUUCUUGGAAAGAUCAAAAGCCAAAGGGCAGUCAUGAAACUAGAAACAAAGCUGCUUCAUUUCAAAUAACAGCACCUAGCUGUCAUAGACUAAAUAAAACAGACAAUCAUGAUAAAAACUCAAGGCAGGAAAGUAAAACAUUUUUCAAUUUAUGGAACUCAAACCAAUCUCUCCAAGCAACAUCAGACCCAUGGUGCAGUUCUCCAGAUAAAUUAGGACAAUGUGCAAAUGAGCCAGUUGAUUCCUGGAAUACAAUGCAUGCAGACAACCAUGGAAGAAAUUUUGCUAAAACAAAUGAAGUAGAUGAAAUAGAUAGUGACCAUUCUUCAGAAAAUAAUCUUGAUAUUGAUAAGGAAAACACACUAUAUCAAGAAAUAUUUGAUGGAAACCAUUACAUUAAAAACAUUCCAAAAUUAAAAGACUUUGGUGCAGACAGUGAUGCAUCCACUGAUUUAAGACAUAUACAAAGAAAUCUUUGUGUUUGGGACAUAUAUGAAGGUAAUGAGGAACCAAAAGCCACUGAUAGCCAUAUUGAUUGGGAAGACCCCUUUUUAUCUUAUAGAUGUCUCGAUUUUACUACCCCUAGCACUAGUAAAGAAUGCAUUGUUUCUCCACCAGACACCAAUUACUCAACAUCAGACUCAGUAUCAUCUCCUAUAUAUGAAGAUGAUAUAAAAGACAUUGAAACAACUGAGGAAGAACAAAAAAGAUUGGAGCUAAGUGAUGGACAGUUUUUUGUUGCCAAUAAUGAAGAAAUAAAAUUCAAUGAUAGGUGGUCUUCAAAUAAGGAAAAUAUAAAUGAUUGUAAUGAAUCUAAAGAAACACCUGUACUGCCCAGAAACUCUGACAAAAUGGAUGGGGUUAACAUCACAAUAGAAGGUAGUGGCAAAAUGAACAAUCAGAAACCUUGUACAAGUCAUGACCUUAGUCCUGACUACACAGAAGAAAAUAAUUUAAUACAGAGUAACAAAGACUCAUCCAAUGAGGUAAAUGGUGGCAUAGAAAGUAUAUCCAAAGCUAACAGUGGUAGUACAUUCCAGUUGUCUUUUACAAACAAUGAUUCAAGCUAUAACCAAAGCAUUUUGUUUGCAAGUACAUCUAAACGUUCUCCACCAAGUCACUUAGUAUCUGAUGUUGCUAUUAGCAAUUGUGUGCAAUCGGCAAUAUAUAAGAAAGAUGAAGAAAUCAGUAUUAAUGCUCUUGAUGAUCAUAUAUCUGUAAAACUCCCAAAUAUCAAACCGCUUUCUUCUGAUAUACCAAAAAAGGUCAAUAAUGUUUUUACUGAAUUACAAUGUAAAGUUAAUAAUCAACAAUAUGCAGAAGCUACACCAGAAGACAAUGAAGGUUGUGUUACCAAUGUUCAGAGUGAAACUGAAGACACUUGGGAAACAGACUUACAGUAUGACACAGAAUCAUCUUCUUUGAACACUUCUGAUGAUUUAGACAGUUUUAACUCAAGCCAUUUACAAAAUGUGAAUCUGCUAAAUAAAUCUCCUGUGUCAGGCAUCAGAGAUGAUGUACAUGAUGAAUAUGAUACAACUGUAGAUUGUGUUAUUCGCUUGUCACCUGUCAAUGACACAAAGUUUCAGACUGACAAUGAAGACUGCAAUAGUUUAACUAAGAACUUGUGUUCAUUGAGCCCAGAGACUAAUAACACCUACAAAGUUCCUACUAACGAUAAAUCUUUGCUUGCUAAUAGCGAACGUCAUAACAGGAAGAUUCCAAUAAAAGAAAAUAUCUUGUGUACUCAUUUCGACCCUACAAGUCAUGCUGUUGAAGAUUCUACUUUACAUGAGGAUAUUUUAAAUAAUUCACACAAGACUUCUGAACCUGGUAAAUAUGAUUCUGAUAUCAUUUCAGUUGUCUCAGAUAUCAAUACAGUAAAAGAACUUUGUCAAGAUGAAAACAACCUGAGUGGUUUGUCACAUUCUAGUUCAACAAGUCCAGAGUUAGCCGAUAGCUGGAGCACAAUACAUGAUGGGAUGGCAUGUACAAAUCAAACAAGGUAUUUUCCAGUUUCGCUAAAUAAAGAGCAGCAUUGCAGCUUUUCCCAGAUUGAUAUUAAGGGUCAUAAUAGUAUAAAUCCAGAAAAGACCAUGCCCACUGUUACUAAUAAAGUUCCCAUGAAUUUGGAUAUUUGGAAUACUCAGAUAUGUGAGGAUUUGGAGUCUUCAUCAUCAAGUCCUGAAUCAAAUGACAUUCUAGACCACUCUAAUUCAUUGGGCAGAAAUGCUAAAAACUGUUUUCAGCAGAAGCUGUUGGAUUUGGAACUCUCAGGUUCUACAUUAUUGAAUGAGACUCAGUCCAGUUCUACUACUCCAGGCACGGAAGAAGACAGUUUAGAAGAUCAGCUAGACUGUUUCCAUGAUUACACUUCUGUGGAGUACAAUACCAUAGAACAAAGACAGGAUGAACAAGAAUAUGUGCUUAAUAGUGAGUGUGAGGUAUAUAACACUCCUGAGAAUAUCAGGGACAGGAUAACAAAAUUAUCACAGCCUGUAGAGAAUGAAGAUGAAAGGAACAGGCAGUACAUGUUGGUAUCUUUACAUGCUGAGCAACAAGAUGAAACAUUAGGAAACUCUUACAUUCUACAUUCACACAUUGAUAGUCUCUCACAUAUUAUACCUUAUCAAACCAGUUGUCCAACUAGAGAUACUGAAAAGUUACAGUCAUCCAAUGGAGAAUUUGCAACUUCUGAGCAUUGUUCUGAAGGCUUUUCUACCUCUAAAAAUGCAUUUAAUAUACCAGUAAAUGAUGCAGCACCAAAUGCAGAAAACACAAAUUCAUGUCAGACAGUUCCUUCAGGAAAUUCUAAUCUUAACAAUCAUUUAGAUGAACUGGAUAUUCAUGUUCAGGAAGAAGACUCAAAUAUUCAGGUGCAACAUUCAUUCUCACCUUCAUAUGUGAACACCCUAGCAGAACUAGAUAACCUAUGCUCCCUAUCUAGUAACAUGGAUGAAAAGAAUGAAAUAAAACCUUCAAAUGCUGAUAAUACUUCUGAACAAAUGUACAUCUCUAUGUGCAACGUCCAAGAGUAUGUUGGACUGUCUUCUGAUAGUCCUGGUCAGCACAAUGAUAUAAUAAAUAGCAAAGAAUAUUGUGAAGCAUUCAACACAGGGGCUACUUUGCACUCUGACUAUAUCCCCGAUAUCUUAGAUGAUCACACUCAACAGUCUUCUCCUUUUCUCUGUGUUGAUCCAGACCUUUGGAAUAUGACUGAAAGACAUUGUAGCAAGAUAUCAUCGAGUGACAGCCCCGAUGUACUAAACAGUUGUGACACCAGUUCAAAUGCUUCAAUCAGCCCGGAUUUGUGUAGAGAAUAUGAGAAGGUUGACCCAUACAGACAAGAUUUGAGUAUGUGGACAGACUAUAAUCCCAAAGUGAGAGUUCAAUCUGAUAGUGCAAACGGGAGUCAAUUUAAUACUCGUGAAGAAGAGAAUACCGAUAAAACAGAGAAGUCACCCUUAACAUUUGCUGGAAAUACUUUACAGUCUUAUAAUAAUAUCCAGAAAUGUGAUUCAUUGAUUCAUACAAAUAUCUGUGAUCAUGAAAUUGAUGGCAAUGUGCCAGCUGACCCUGCUAAAUUAAUCUGUGUUGUUAAAUGUAAUGAGGACUUCAUCCAUAGCAGUCAAAGCUCAUCAACUGAGAACCUUAAAUUAUUACAGAAGUCAGAAUCAAAUAGCAUAAUGCUUCAAGAAUGCAAAAAAAAGACUAUCGGUGAGAGUACAAUACGAGAAGAACAAAAAUCGCCAUUGCAAGCAAUAUAUACAAACAAAGACGACGAAGAGAUGCUUCUUAAUACUUUGUCACACAUGAAACAGGCUGGGAGAGAAACACAAUUCAUUGAUGAAGGCAUAUGGAGUAAUCCCAUUUCCCCAGCAGGAGGUGACACUGUACCUUGUAUAGAAUGUGCCAAACUUCAUAUCCAAGUGGGGAAAAAUGACAUUAGACAAGACUUGGUAGGAGAUGACAACAUGGAUCCAGUUCAUUCUGCUGUGGAUCAGGCUGAUACAUGUGGCUUGGAAAGUGUCUCUUCUUGUCUAUUGGCCUCUGAAGCAAAAAUAAACACUUUUCCAUUUAGCAACGUUAGAGUGGUGUCUCAACAAACAUUGUCUGAUACAGUUUAUUCAGUGGCGUCUCCAGAUACAUUUCAGCCAAUCUCCAUGACAAAUGGAAGUGAAGACUCAAUGAACCAUGUAUCCGGAUUCCAUUCCUUUCACUUAGAAGAGGAAGGUUCUUUUAUUCGAACUCAAAGACUAGAGAGUAAAAAGAAAUCAGAAGAGAUCUCGGAACAUGAGCACAGCUGGAGCAUAAUAUUAAGUCAGACUGAAGCCUCUGAGUCCUCACCUGAAGACAUUUUUAGCAGGGCAGAGACUGGAGAUUGUGAUAAAGACCUGGAAGAGAUAUUAUAUGAUGGAUAUGAACAGCAGGAUGGAUAUCCAAAAGCAAUUAAGGAUAAUGAUUACAUAGAUCUUGAAGAAAGCUUUGAACUAUGUAAACUGGAAGCGUCUUAUACUAAAGCAAACUCAGCAACAGCUAACCCAUUCAUUUCACCUGAAGAAGGAGUGCAGUUAAUGUUUCCUCCUGUGGGUGGUGCACGUGUUAAGCAGUUGAGCACCGUCAGAAUUGCGGAGCAAAGAUCAAUUAUAUUGGACGAUGUGGGAAUGGACAUCCCAUAUGACGCAGCAGAAAUCAGACCAGAACCUCCAAAUUCAUUGGAUCUAAAUGGCUCCCAUGCCAGAAAAAUUAAGCUCACAGCGCCUAACAUUAACCUGUCUCUGGACCACAGUGAAGGUUCCAUCUUGUCUGAUGACAACCUUGACACCCCAGAUGAGCUUGACAUUAAUGUAGAUGAUCUUGAUACUCCAGAUGAAGCCGAUUCCUUUGAUUACACUGGAAAUGAUGAUCGCCCAGCCCUUGGACACUUGGUUCAGCAGGAUUUUGAAUCUAUCCAGGAGUACACAGCAGAAGAAGAGAGAGCAGAUAACAGGCAAUGGAGGACCGUCAUAAUUGGGGAACAAGAGCAAAGAAUCAAUAUGAAAGUUAUUGAGCCAUACACAAAAGUGAUAUCACAUGGAGGUUACUAUGGCGAGGGCAUAAAUGCCAUCAUUGUAUUUGCUGCUUGUUUCCUGCCUGACAGCAGUCGUGCUGACUAUAAUUAUGUCAUGGAAAACCUAUUCCUAUAUGUCAUAAGCACACUGGAGCUAAUGGUAGCAGAAGACUAUAUGAUUGUCUAUUUAAAUGGUGCCACUCCACGAAGAAAGAUGCCAGGAUUAGGAUGGAUGAAGAAGUGCUACCAAAUGAUUGACAGGCGGCUAAGGAAGAACCUAAAGUCAUUCAUCAUUGUUCAUCCAUCGUGGUUCAUCAGAACUAUAUUAGCAGUGACACGACCUUUCAUAAGCUCCAAAUUCAGCAGCAAGAUAAAGUAUGUAUCCAGCUUAGCAGAGCUCAGAGAGUUGAUUCCAAUGGAGUAUGUGCAGAUUCCAGAAAGUAUUAUCAAGUAUGAAGAAGCAAGAUGUUUUCCAAGGAACAUCAGACUGGAUGAAGAACUGAAUGAAAAUGAAUCAGCCAAAGCUGGCUGUUUGCCAAUGGAGCCUGAAAUGACUUCUCUGGAACAGGGGGUUGAGAAGAAGAGUGAAGACAAUGUAUAACGCCAUGGAAAACCGAAGUGAAAAAUGUUAUCUAUUUUCUGUUUUACUUUGUGGAUAUAUAGACCAAGCUAUGUAAUGUAAAUUAUUUUUUAAAGGUGUAAUUUAAUUAAUUAUAGAAUUGUAUAAGGGGAUCUGUUAACAGAUGACACAUACAGUACUGCUUAGAUUGUAAGUGUUGUCUUUUGUAUGGUUUUUCAACUAAAACAAAGUCUGAUUGAAACUUUGCCAUGGUGAACCAUUAACUUAUGGUAGUAAAGUAUAAAAAUGCUUUGUUUGACUUGCUGUGGGGUUGCCAGAGAAAUGUAAAGUUAAAUGCUACAUACUGUAGUAAUGCCAGUGUAAAAAAAAAUUACUAAAUAAACCAAUAAAUAAAAACAUGAAGAUCCUCACAUCCCAAAAACAUAAUUGUAACAUUAACGCUUGAAGAUAUAAAAAUGGCGCCAGACCUUUGUUUCUCUUCUUAAACUCCAUAGUCACACAAAACUAUCAUUGUCACCAUAGUCAUGAAUAAAUUUCCCCAUGUUUACUUUGGUAGUGAUAUGUUUUCUCAGAUAAACUGUGCAAUAUACAUGUACUUAUUACUCUGAAAUAAAAUAGUAACUCUGUCUUUAGCACAAUGUUAUCAUGCAAAUUCAAAACCAUGGAUUGAAGUCAGCAUGCCAAUAGUUUCAGAUGAUCAUAUAUGCAUACAGAAUAGGUAUGUAUUAUUUUGUUAGUGCUUAUUCAGUCAGUAGUUAUGAUAUUCAGUAUAAAGGGAAGGGGGUAAAUACAGCCAGCUCCUAUAUCUACUAAACACUUUCAUGCAUCAUCAUAUUAACUAUUUGCUCACAUUUUUCUAGCAAAAUAAUAUAUUCCGGGGAGUAUUUAUACUUGUUUAUUGAGUAAUAUUCUCCUAUAACAGAAGACAUUAAAAUGACAUGUGUGAUUAUAUUUGUAUAAUACAGCAAUGUUGAUGACAAA